GGGGCGGGCGGGUGGGGGCCGGGGCUGCGGCCCCGCUCCCCGCCGGGUCCCCGCCGCGCCGCGCCCUCCCCCGCGCUCCCGCCGCCUCCCUCCCCUUCCUCCCGCCUCCCCGCCCCCGGCUCCGCAUCGCCGCGGCCGGAGCGCACGCCGCCCGCCCGAGGAUGCUCCGCGCUUUUGUUCCCCCGCCGCAGCCUUUGGGAGGACUCUCGUCCUGACUCGGUGGAGGUUCCUCUCCCUCUUCCCCCAGCCCCUCAUCCCUCCUCGGCGCGGCAGCCCACCCCGGAGGGCAUCGGUAUCAGCCCUCUCCGGUGCGCCGGGGAAGUUGCUGACAUGCCUGCCGCUGGGUCCCGGUGCGGCGGCAGCGGCGGGGAGCCGGAUUUAAAGGGGAAUUGUGCUGCAGACAAUGCACAGCAGCAGCAUCUGGAGCAGCCCUGGGGACUGGAGCUCCGGUUUUGACAUUGCUGCACACACAGCACCAGCCGCAAUGACAGCAGCUGCCUGGAGUGGCUGCAGGCAGCAGGCAGGAGCAUGAAGUAGAGAGAUCACUGCAGUGCUCAAGAUGAACUCCUCUUUGGUUGGCAACCAGAGUGGCCGGCCCUUCUGUCUCCUGGCCAUUAGCUAUUUGGAGACCAUCAAUUUUUGCCUCCUGGAAGUAGUUAUUAUUGUGUUCCUCAUGGUGCUGAUUAUUUCGGGCAACAUUAUUGUGAUAUUUGUCUUUCACUGUGCACCUCUGCUGAACCACCACACCACCAGCUACUUCAUCCAGACUAUGGCGUAUGCUGACCUCCUGGUGGGCGUGAGCUGUCUGGUGCCUUCUUUGUCUCUGCUGCACUAUCCUAUUGUUUUAAGUGAGUCCUUGGUUUGCCAAAUCUUUGGUUACGUGGUGUCAGUGCUGAAGAGCGUCUCCAUGGCCUCCCUGGCCUGCAUCAGCAUCGACAGAUACAUCGCCAUCACGAAGCCCCUGACCUACAACACGCUGGUUACCCCCUGGAGGCUGCGGAUCUGCAUCUUGACCAUUUGGCUCUACUCCUGCCUGGUCUUCUUGCCCUCCUUUCACUGGGGAAAGCCUGGAUAUCACGGGGACGUGUUCCAGUGGUGCGCCAACUCCUGGAACACCGAUCCCUAUUUCACCCUCUUCAUUGUGGUGAUGCUCUACGCCCCGGCCGCUUUCAUCGUCUGCUUCACCUACUUCAACAUCUUCCGCAUCUGCCAGCAGCACACCAAGGAGAUCAACGAGCGGCGCGUGCGCUUCAGCUCGCAGGACGGGGAGGCUGGUGAGGCGCAGCCCUGCCCGGACAAGCGCUACGCCAUGGUCCUCUUCCGCAUCACCAGUGUCUUCUACAUCCUCUGGCUGCCCUACAUCAUCUACUUCCUGCUGGAGAGCUCCAACGUCUACAGUAACCGCGUCGCGUCCUUCUUGACCACUUGGCUUGCCAUUAGCAACAGUUUCUGCAACUGUGUCAUUUACAGUCUCUCCAACAGUGUCUUUCAGAAGGGGCUGAAGCGUCUCUCGGGGGCCAUCUGUGCCUCGUGUGCUAGACAGAGGGUAGCUAAGGACUCCUCUACCUCUAGGAGCAAAAGAUCUUCCAAUGGAUGUCAUGUCUAGGACGCCCGUCAGCUGGACUGGGAAGUGCAGGGACAAUUGCGUAGAUUGCAAAAUAACGUAGAUACGAUUUUAAGAUACCCAGAUUUGCAAAAAGGUUUCUGAGAAAUGCUGCUGACAUAGAAGGAUCAGGAGCACACAGCGUUGUGGUUUCACUUUAAAAAAUGAUUGCUGUGGAGGAGGCUGUGGAGUUUCACCUCCACAUUCAUUUUAAAGAAUAAAGCUGUAUCUUGACACUUACCUCUCCAGCUGGUGUGACUGAAUGGAGUGGGUGUCUGAGAGCUUCGGCAAAAUGUAGUCUUUCUUACAGCUUUACUGGGUUCUUUGGAGAUUCGUGCUUCACAUGUAAAUGAUAGAUCUGAAGUGGAAAUGUCACAGUCUAUGGUAUAUUACAGGGAUUUUUUUAAUAUAUGCCAAAGUAUAUUGACACAAUGUUCCAGCGUCAGAACAGAAGGGGCCAAACAAUUUGUUUUUCAGUGCUACCUAGACAGGACUUGUAGAACAGGAGUGAACAAUGUGAACAUUUCAGUGUGAACUCUGUUAAUGAGCCGUGAGUGCAGCGCUGUGGUCUGGGCAGGCUCACUCCUAGGGCUGGUCUGGCUCCCGUGCCCCGUUUCCCUGGUAGGAUGCAUGUUUGGAUCUGAGUGCGGCAUCUGCGUUUUCCUGUUUGUUGUGAAGUAAGAAGAAAAACUUGGAUCAGACCAAAUUUAGCAGUUAAAUAAAAUGUGUUUUGAUAAGCUAAGAGAAAAUACGUGUUGCUUUAUGAUACCAGAGUUGUGGCAGCCACUCAAGGAUGAUGCCAACAUGUGAAAAUUGUUCUCAAACCAGUGGAGAAAUGCCGCGGGUUUGUAUGUGGAAAUUUUCUCAAGAACAACUUUAAAAAUAACAUGUCCCCUUUUUUUUUUUUUUUAAUCUAAAUUCUUCUGAUAUUUUACAUACUGGAACUUAAGGGGAAAGGAAAGAAAACAAUUGUCUUCUAAACAGCUAAGGGAACUAUGUUGUAAAUUUAACUGUAGUAUUUGAGUUAUUCAUAAGUGCACAGAGCUAAAUCAGAGACAUUUUUCUUUAGCCUUCAUGGGAUUAAAGAUGGUUCAAAUAUAGCAGGAGCUAAAUCCUGCUGGCAAAAGCAUAUCUAACUGCUCAGACAAAGGCAAUAUCUGAGGAACCAAAUCUCAUUGACCACAGCUUGUUCAAGCUAGCCUAGAUUAAAUGUUUUGAGUACUGUCAUGCUGUUAAGAAGACAGAAUGGCCCUCAAGUUGUUGAGUUUUUCCUAAAGAAUAUCCUGGUCUUUUUACUAUGCCAUUUUGGAAAUGAAAGUGAAGCAAGUAUUGCUGUAGUGGUGGAUUGCAGUGUCACCCUGUCCCUGGUGCAGGGCUGUCCCUCUGUCUCUCCUGCUCUGAGAGGAGGUUGUGCCCCCGACCAUCUGCCCUCUGUGCCCCUCCUUGUGCUUCCCAUCACUGCCUUGGGCUGCUGAGUGGGGAAUUCCCUGAGCUCCUCUGCUACAGCUGGUGUGCUCUUAGUCACAGUGGGAAUGAAAAAAAAGAUAGGGAAAAUAAUGUGAUAUUUUUGGAAUUGGGGUAAUUCUCUUGGCCAAAGGGAAGGCUUUGUUUUUGUUAAAUCGUUUCAAGUCUGUGUUGUUCUAGAUCAAGAUUGUAUUUUUAAUACUCUGCCCUGUCCCUCCUGCAGACUCCCCCUCCUCUCUGGUGUGCUGUGAGCCCUGGCCUCUCCUCUCUGCCUUGCCCUCAAGGAUAGCAGCUUCUCUCUGCCCCAUCACAUGCCACGAUUGCCACAGCCCAGCCCUGCUGCCCAUCCACAUUUGCUCCAGUGCAGUCUCGUGGGGCUGCCAGUGAGGAAAUGGGGAAGGAGAGAGAGAGCAGCAGGAUGAAGCAUUCCUGGCAUGGCAUGCAUUUGUCAGCACUCAGGGCUGGUACACUUGAGUUCCUCUCCUGGAUGUGAGUGUACCUGUUCAGGGGGGAGUGGGGCAGAGCCUCCUGCUACUGCUGCCUCCUUCUGUUGGAGGGCCCUGGGGCAAAGCAUUUAAGUGGCAUCUUGACCAGCUUCCAGCUAUUUCAUCCACAGUCAGUCCAAAGCUCUCAAGAUAAACAUCCUCUUUGGUUCAUCUGAAAUUUUGAGAGCACAGGUUGUCUGAACCCUGCUGCCUUCACACCACCCUUUGUUGCAGUGUGCAGCCAGGAGCAGAGGGGCUGUGCUGGCUCCUGGCAGAGCCCUGCAGGGAGUUUGGCUCAGACACAGCCAUGGUGGGGAGCACAGGCCUGCAGUGGCUCACUGGGGAGAGAAGUGGGAUGAUAAACUCCUGCACCUCCUGGCUGAUUGUCUCGAGUGCUCGGUGGGUGUGAUGGCAAAGGUGGGCUUUGGGGAACAAUUCAAGGGCUUUAGUCACUAAUAUCAGUGUGUGUGUGUGGUAUUUUUGGAACAGCCUCUCAGGUAAACUCCCCGUAGCCUUUCUCUGACUCUUCACCUUAUCUAACAUUUCCAAGUCUUUGAAAUGAUGCAGUGUAUCACUGAAAUAGCAUUUGAUUGAACUUAAUAGAAGAGAAGAAUCUGCUGGGGCCUAAAACCCUAGAAAUGGCAGUUUCAGGUUUAAGGGGAAGCUGCAAAGCAAAGAUUGUUUCUUUUAGGGCUUUUUAUGGCUAAAUAGAGGGUUUAAAUAGGAGCAUUGUGUGCUAGUUUUUUUAAAAUUUUGAAAGUUUUUGAAACUGGUAAGGGGUCUAAAUCAUGGCCUAGAGAUUGAACUGGAGCUGAAGCAGUUGCUCCUUCAGCCCUGAGCCUGGAAUUGCACUUGGAGCACGGUGGCUGAUCCAGAUGCAGAUGCAUUCUUGCAGCUGUUGCUGCUUUGCAGCAAAGGUUCAGUUCUAACAUUCCUGACAGCCAGGCUGUUUUCAGUUGCCUUACUCAUCUCCAAGUCUUCCUAAGCUCAGACAUUUCCUGUAAGAGGUGAAAAUCAGAAUCUGGAAGUCUCUGAGAUAUAAGGAUGGAGAGGAGUUGCAGCCAAUUGAUGCAUUCAAGUUUCAUCUACUGUACAGACACUUCUAGUGUUGCUUCAUUACCUUGGUUUUAGUGUCAAAUAUUCUCUUUUUUUCUCUGUUAAUUUAUUGAUAUUUUAAAAUUUAAAUUACUUUUUUUCCCCUCUUAAUUUAACGUUGAUAUAGUAUGUGUAGUAUGUGUUUAGGUGUUUUAAAUAUUUAUAGCAUUUGGGUCUGUUGUCUUCAGUGAAAUUGCAGGGGGUGAAUUCUGUUCACUGUGCCAGUGGUGGGAAAAAUAAUUUUGACAAACAUGACUUUGUUUCUCAGCAGUGCACUGAACACCUUUGGUCAUGCACCCAACACAGGCACAGGGGUCCUUGCUAGGAAUGGUCAGGCAGCAAAUUUUCCAGCUGGAUUAUUUUCAUCCUCCACAUCUGAAAUGAAUCCACGUCUGGCUCUGUUUGUGUCUGGGUGCUUUGGAAAUGAGUGGUGAGAGCAUUGCACAGAUGAAUGUCACGCUGAGGAGAGGACAGAAAUCAAAUUGCAUCUUCAUAAAAAUGGGGCUGUGAGAUGAUUAAAUGAACUAAUUUUGAAGUUCCAUCUCAGACUAUAAAUUUAUUUUUUAUUAGAGUUAUCUGCCUCACUUUCAAAUUAAGCUGCUGGAAGGUUCAAUUUGCAAGAUGCAAUUCAGUGGCUUUUUUUAGUGCCAUGGGAAGGAUUUCUAUACUCACAGCUUCUCAGAAGAUGCUAAUUUGCUUCAUGUAGAAGUCCUUUUUUAUUUAAUUUUUUUAAAGAUUACUGGAAGUUUAGGUUGUGUUUAUGUUGUCAUUUUCCAAAUAUACUGGGAAAAUAUCUGUGAAAUAUUAUUUUUUUAUUAUCUCAAUCAAAGGAUAGUAUUUUUAAACUCAGCAGAAAUCUUCUGUGUCAAACAAAAGUUUUGCUAUUAUCUACUGUUAAUUUUUUUAUUAAAUGUUACCAGUUUCUACAGUCUUUAUUUGUCGUUGGGGGGUUUGUUUUUAGGCUUUUUAUCACUCAGAAAUAUGUUUCUACUACUUGGAAUUCUGACAUGGCUCAGUGUCAGAGUGCCAAGGGGCAGUUUUGGAUAUUUGUCACAAGUCUUUGACAGGAAGAAGGGUACAGAGUACUGAGGCACAGAGAAUUGCAGGAGACAGAGAAUUCCCAGUGGCAUUGUUCCCUCCCUCUCAUAUAAACACUUCAUGUGUGAGAACCCUAAAUUUCAGUUUGUCUCUUCUGAAAAAAGACACUUCCAAGGCCUGGAUGUGAUAUGAGAUGGAAACAUUCAUUGUGCAAAUUCAACAUGGAGAUUUUUUGCUAUUUAUCAUGGUGUUCCCAAGUGCUGUGAUUAUCAAGGCAGUAACUCCAUGAGUCAGGAAGUCUGAAAUUUCAGUCUGAUCUUACUUCACAUCAGGGUCUGAAGUUGACAGAACUUCUACGUGAGAUUGGUGCUUUAAAAAAUAUUUCUUAGGAACCAGUAUGUGAGCACAGGUAUCUGCCUUCAGACUUCACAAAAAAAAAGACCCUUCUAAAAAUUUUCCAAUUCAUCUGUUUUAGAUAAUUUAAUAAGAGGAGAUGGAGGUUUUGGAAGGCUUUUUUGUUGUUGUUUUAGCACGUUUGGUUCUGAGUUUUUGAAGCACCUGCUGAAACUUCUGCCUGACCUGGCCCUUAUUUUAUUGUUUGGUUUAGAAAGGUUUCUUCUUCCCUUCCAUGACUUUGCAGAAUACAGCACAUCCUUCCCCUGGUGUCAUUCAAGAUAAAACUCAGAUUUUAAUCCAAGUUUAUCCAAAUGUUAUCUUUAGUAUUCCCUAUACAGUGAGUGCUGUUGUGUGUGUGGGGCUGUGGCCAGGCCAGAGCUGGGGAGCUGCAGCUGCUCAGGUUUUACAGAUUUCUGCAUCAAAGCAAACAGCCCCUCUUUUGGGGUGGUGGGCGAGUGUCCCAUUUCCACUGCAGAGAAAUGUGUUCUCCUGCCUUCUGAGCUGAUGGAAAUGUGUUCUCCUGCCUUCUGAGCUGAUGGAAAUGUGUUCUCCUGCCUUCUGAGCUGAUGUCUUACUUCCAGUUGGUAUUUCCAUUAUUGUCUGUGCUUUGCAGAGGUUCUGAUUCUAAAGAUGUUUCUGCACAUAAGCAAAGACAUUUAAUACUGAAGUUAUGGUUUUGGAAGGGGAUAGGUCUUCAGAAUUAAAAUUUAGUAAGUGUAGGACCAGGUGCUGUUGUGUUCAGAGAAAGAAACUGAAAGUCUGAAAGUUGUGGCUGAUGGGAACAAAGAGAGGAAACCUGCUGGAGAUGGGUCAGAACAAUGGAGUAUUUAAUGCGAGUAAUUCUCUUUACAAUGCACACUUUUAAAUACGGAGUUUAACCUUCUUGCUUUGGCUUUGCUGCUCCCUGGAGGCGGCUCCUCUGAGCCUGAGGUCCCCCACACCCAGCCCAAAGGGUUCCCUGCAGACCUGGGGCCAUGAUCAGCCCUCAUUUGAGUUCAGAUCAUGUCAGUCCGUGUCACCGUUGUCUGUCUGAGGUGUUCCAGCCACAGGGAGUUAAUCUGAUGGGAUAUACUUUGUUUGCUCAGCUUUUCAGUGACAUUGUUUUCUAGACAGGUGAGAUGUUUGUUUAUGGAGGCAGCUUCCCUGAGCUGACCACAGGAUGGGCAGGCUGUGCUCCAGCAGAGCCCAGAGGCUCCCUGUGGACAGACCUGUGGGUGGGUUGGUAACCAGCAGCUCUGUUGUCUGACAGGUUGUGGAUGCUGAGUGGAUGCACGUGUCAUCAGAUGGUGUUUAGAGCAGGGGUUCAGAGGGACACCCGUGUUUGGAAGGAGGGGAUUGGGGAAGGCUCCAGCUGCCUGUGUGUGAGGCCUGAGCUGCAGCCCAGGGGCUGGCACAGAGCAGUCCCGACUCUCUGUUCUGACUUCCACUUGUGAAUUUGGAAGAUGAGGAUAGCAAUUUUGUAAUUCAAAGCUUUGGCUUCUUUCUGAUGGUCGUUUCUGGAGAUCCUUCCAUGAAAAGGUGAAAUAAAUUCAAGUGGCUCCUCAUAAAGAUGAACUCAAAUCUUGCUGUGCAUAUGCCAGUCAUUCUCAGUGUUACACAGACCACGUGAACCAAGCAAUCAAAUGCUUAAUAAACCAAGUCAUUACUUUUAUGGUAAAUUGAAAAAAGUUCUUCUGGGAUUUCAACUGUAAAUGAAUCCUUGAAAAUCAAUAAUUAGAUUAGUAAAGGAUGACGUUUUAAUAUGCUGGCAGGAAUAUAGAGGGAUUUGUCAGGGGAAGCAAAACCAGACUUUGCACUAAAGUGGCUUAAGUAUAUUUAUAGUGCUAGUGAUUCUGUGUGUGUGUGGGAUCUUUGGACUAUUUUAAUAUAAUGUAAGGCUUUGAGCUUUAGCAAACUCAAGUUGCUCGUUUUAUGAAGUUACAUUAGUACCACACUGUGAAGUAUUUUUAAAUAUUAGCAUUACUGAGUAUGAGAAGUAUUUCAUAAAAACAUUUUUUAAAACGUUUUCUGUAGAUGCUGUCGAAUGAAUCGAUGUUUAGUGUACAAAGAAAUAAAACCUGAGGGCUGUAAGGUACCUGUAUGUUUCUGAUCACCUCGCUUUUUGAGGGGUUAGGUAUUUCUUGAGGUUAAAUUGUCAUUAAAACCUACUAAAAAUACUGGUGCAGUUAAUCCUUUCAGAGAACAGAAAGCAGCAUUACCUCCAGCCACGCUUUUGAACUGUCUGAAAGGAUUUGCAAUCGUUGUAUUGUCUUGACAGACUCAUGUCUUUGGAAAUGCUGUACAGCACAGUCUUUUGCAAGUUCCUAUGCUGAUACAUUUCUCUCCAUAUGUAACCUUUGAAAUCUAGUUUCUAUUGUAAUUCUAGCAUGUAAACACUAGAUUCAAUUUUGUAUUCCUCUAAUGAAUGCAACAGGAUGGAAACACGUUUGCAAUUGCUAAUGAUGAGCUUUUUUACUGUUCUUAAUACUCGUGGGUAUGUCUUUUCUUCAGGGAUUUCAGAAUUGUAUUCGUACCUUUUUAAAUUGUUUUUUCACAUGCUGUUUACAAUGAAACCACGAGCAUGGGAGGCUGUGCGUGCAUGUGCUUUUAGGUUGCUUUGCUGAAUGAAAUGCAGUGGAGUGAUCUUACUUUAAAGCCUGUCUGUUGUCCAGAGAGGCUGUGGCAGUGCCCAGGGCCAGGCUGGGCAGGGCUGGAGCAGCCUGGGACAGUGGGAGCUGUCCCUGCCAUGGCAGGGGUGGCACUGGAUGGGCUUGCAGGUCCAUUCCAACCCAAACCAUUCCAUGGCUCUGUUUUUCCUUGUGUCCCCCUGUCUCCUUGCGCCUUUCACAGUACCUGGUACGGCAGAAGCCACCAGUGGGGUUUUUCUGGUGUGUCCUGUGGAGAUCUGACAUUGUCAGAGGUUGCUUUAAGGAGUUUUGUUUGGGAGACAAUCCAGCUCCUUACACAAGCAGUGUUCCAACUGAUAGGUUUUUUCCUGAAUGUCAGUGGAAAGGCCAAGAGUAGGUGAAAUCACAGUGAGAAUGUGUAUGUGUGUGUUUGUAAGAACUUUGUGCACCUUUUAAUGCUGGAAAUCGUUUUGUAUUGAAAGAUGAGGAAGAGCUGUGAGUGUGGAGCCCCUGGCAGGCAGAGCUGUGGGGAGCCCUGCCCAAAGCAGAUUAAAAAAGCAGACAGGUGAGGCAGAGGCAGGCUGACCCUCGAGGCUCUGCUCCUGCCUUGGUUCUGCCAUGGUGGGACUGUCUGGGGGCUCCUCGAUGGGCUCUGCUCUGCCUCACCCAGGGAAGGUUCUCAUGCCCCGGGCAGCUGAGGGACAGCCCUGCUGGGGCUCCAGAAUCACCUGUUCUGUGCCAGCUCAGAGCUGUUGCUGAAGUGCAGGGGAGAGGGGUUCUUCCACCCCAUGGUUUGAAUAGACAUUUCUGUAGCUGAUUUUUCAACUAAGACUAAUAAUAAGAAAAACUACAGUUGAGCCAAAAAUGACAGAUGUUACUGACUUAAAAUGAUACUUGCGUAUUUUUAAUUAUUAAAUGGAAUUAGGUAAAUCGGAAGCAUGUAAAUAUCUGGUUCUAAAUCUUUGCAUAAUCAUUUCCAAGAGGUAAUUUUGCUAAGAGCUGUUAAAACUCCAGGAAAUGUAUUAUUCCCUUUUGAGAUGGUGUGUACCCCAGCUGUGUCAUACAUCUCUUGGCUUGUUUCCUUUUUGCUGUAAAUGUACAUACAUAUAUAUAUUUGUGUGCUGUGCAGUUGUACAGUCACUGCCAUGCUAAAUUGAUUGCUUUCCAAUGAGUAUAUCUGUGUGUUUUACAUGUGUGUGUAAGUAUCCCCAAAUAAGCAGUUUAACAGGGCAGUGGUUGUACACUCACAGAGUUUAGGGCUUUGUACAAUAUGUAAUUUUAAGAAUGUCAAUGUGGUUCUUAGCGGAUUUUAUAAACACUUUUCUGAAUCUGUUAUCAGCACUUCCCAUCCUACCAGAAACUGCACAUUUUUCAGUGAUUGUUCCACUGGUUACAUUUUUGUCUGCCAUUUGUUCUGGAUUGAUGUAAUCUUGAUACUACUAAAAUUUCAAGGGCUGUUGACGCAUUUCACAUAGCCUGGGAUUGCCUGUUCUCCAAAUAUAUGGAUCAUGCAUCAACAGUACUAAGUAGCCUUACUGUUUUGCCUAAAAGCCUAGCUAAUUUAUUUAAAAUUCUCUCUUUAAAGAGAGGUCUCUGGAAGGGGUGGCAUAUUUUAGGAUGCUCCUUCUCUUUAAAGGGAAACUGGGAAUUGACUAGCAGUACUUGUUGAUCAGUGAUAUUAUUGUAGCCAAAGGAUGCAUGGGUGGUUUAAUAGGAAGUUUUUGCUUCAAGUUUCUUGAUGAAAUGUAGUGUUCUACAGAGCUGUGUGAAGAGUGUAGUUUUUUAUUCUGAAAUGCACUUGUACACUUUAUUUGAAAGGUCUGAAUGGAUCAUAAAUACAUUUAAGAAAUAAAUGAUAAUGUCACAUGUUUUCA